AUGUCUCAGUCAGAUGUAUUCCUUGAUAUGUUUUUCGAUGAAGAGUUUGUGCCGCAGGCGUAUUUGGAUAUUCUUCUUUCACCGGAAAGCGGUGACCUAAAUGACCUUCAAAUCAUAUCCUCAUCAUUAAUUUCCAAAUUCGACUUCAACAUGGGUCAUUUGACCAAGGAGUUAAAUUCCACUCUACAGACUUUACAGAAAAGUACCGAAAGGCUUUCUAUGAGUUCUGAAACGUAUGAAGAUAUCACCACGACGAAACUGGAUUUUUACCUUGACACGCUAGGAAAUUCCGUGAAGGCUUUAGAAAGGGAUAUUCGCGGCAUCGACACACAUUUCGAAAAUUUGGACUUACAACAUUCAGAGGCCGCACAAACGCAAAAUGAUUUAAGAGAUCUCGAAAAGAUAAAGUUGCGCUUGCUCGAGGCUUUGCGAUGGUUUGAACAAAUAAGGUCAAUCGCGUCAAUUGCGUUGGAAGGAAUUGACCGACAAGAAGAUUUCCAAAAUAUACCUUUGGCGAGUUUUAAGGAAGCAUUGGCCAUUCUUGAGCGCACCGUCAUCGAGAAUUUGGAAAAAGUGGCAAAGGCAAGGCAAGAAGAAUCUGUGCAAGUAACGGAGGAAGAAUUGCUUCAAAAAAUUGCCGAUCUCAAAGAACUGAAAUCAGCCUUUUUGGGCCUCCCAAAAUUUUUGGCGGCAUAUGGAGAAUUUAUAGAUCGAAUUGGCUGUACGGUCGAUACCUUUGCUGGAACGGAAGAUAUUGACCUAGAUGCACCUAUUUGA